AUGAUAGAAGGUGGAAUUACAUCCAGGAUGUCAGGAAUAAUUGAGGAUGCUGGUCAUCAUCCAUCACCGCAAGAUUAUAGGCUUCUGACCACGGACCCCUCCCAGCUGAGGGAGGAGGACCUCCCUGGGGACCUGCAGUCUCUAUCGUGGCUCACCUCGGUGGAUGUGCCGCGACUGCAGCAGAUGGUGGAUGGCCGUGGCCACAGUAAUGGGCCCUCCCAGGGCAGCUUGUUGGAGCAACAGACAGCCCAAUUGAGCAGCAUGGCCAUGACAGGAGGUCAGUCCUCCAUGCUCCACCUGCAAAGUAACAUGCAGCCCAGCCCACUAGGAAUCAGUAUCAUCAACACCCACAGUGGAACAAUGUCUCCCUUCUCCAUGUCUGGAAUGCCCUCACCAGGGUACCAAUGUCCUACUUCAGUGUACCAGUCAGCACCACAGCAGGUGUACUCACUAACCCAAACUGGACAGCAGUGCUCAACAGGUGGGCUGUACAGCAAUGUCUCUUUCAACAACCAAAGUCUAUUUUCACAACCUCACCUGGCUCCACAAGAACAGGACCUGCAGCCAAAAUGUUUCCCAAAACCCAUCUACUCCUACAGCUGUUUGAUUGCCAUGGCUUUGAAGAACAGCAAAACUGGCAGCCUUCCAGUCAGUGAGAUCUAUAGCUUUAUGAAGGAACAUUUUCCUUAUUUCAAGACAGCGCCAGACGGAUGGAAGAAUUCAGUCAGACACAACCUGUCUUUAAAUAAGUGCUUUGAAAAAGUUGAGAACAAGACAAGCAGCUCCUCAAGGAAGGGCUGCCUGUGGGCACUAAAUCCAGCUAAGAUCGACAAGAUGGAGGAAGAGAUGCAGAAGUGGAAGCGCAAGGAUCUCCCAGCAAUCCGCCGCAGCAUGGCUAAUCCAGAUGAGCUGGACAAGCUGAUUACAGACCGCCCAGAAAACUGCAGACGGAAGGUCAUAGAACCAGUCAUGACACGGCUGCCGAGCUGCCCAACAGGUCUCUCGUUGACGGCGCAGAUGCAGCGACCCCAGCCCAUUGUGACCCUCUCCCUGCCGUGUAUACCAAUGCACCAGCACCAUCAGAUCCAAGCCCAGCUCCAGGCCCAAGCUCGCUUGGCGCCAAUGUCCCCGGCUCCAGCCCAAACACCCCCACUCCACACGGUGCCCGACCUCUCUCGGAGUCCGCUAAGCCAGCAACCCAGCAAGCCUCCUGAAGACUUUUACAGCGUACAAGUUGAUAGCCACACAGAGGUGGAUGCGUUGGACCCCAGCAUCAUGGAUUUUGCCCUUCAAGGUAACCUGUGGGAGGAAAUGAAGGACGACAGCUUUAACUUGGAUGCAUUGGGCACAUUCACUAACUCCCCACUGCGACUAUCGGACUGUGAUUUGGGGAGCAGCCUCCCGCCUGCCUCCAGCGGAGCAAGCCUGCCGCUGUCAGACGUACAGGUGACGGGUUUGUACACUUCAUACACGUCACAGGAUUCCCUGUCCUCACAAUACAUGAGCUCACCAGCCAGCAGCAAGCCCAUCGUCUUGCUUUAA